AUGUAAAGAACAUAUUAAAGUUAAAUUUAGUGUGAAGGUGAUCGUAAGAUCAUAUCUUUUUCAUUUUGAUAGCUUUGAAGUCAAAGUACUGAAUAUGAAAAGUAUUAACUUUUUGAUGGAUUUUAUUGUAAUAACUGUGUUACUUAUGUACUCGUGCUUGUCUGCAGUUGCUGGUCAAGAAAUAUUAGCUUGUGAUAGUGGCAAAUGGGGAUCAAAUUGCACGAGCACUUGCCCCGAUUUCUGCUCAUCUUAUGGAUGCGACAGAGCGACUGGCUUUUGCUAUAGAUGUGUGAACGGUUUCCAAGGAAAAUACUGCGACAUACCAUGUCAUCUCCAAUGUCCGUCUUGUGACCAAUACGACGGAAAAUGUCCAAAUUGCUAUUCCGGCUGGUAUGGGGAUUUCUGUGACAAAAAGUGUGGCGUUAAUUGUGUCAGUUGUACUAAGUCUACCGGGAGUUGUAACUCGUGUAAUUCAGGUUGGCAUGGAGAUUCAUGUGAGUUAGCUUGUCCAAUUAAUUGUUAUAACUGCCACAAAUCUACCGGCGAAUGUUCGUCUUGUAAAAAUGGCUGGUAUGGAAACGAGUGUGAACUGCCUUGCUUUUCAGGGCCAGGAUGUGCAAGAAGCUACUGCACGAAGUCAACUGGCGAUUGUGGUUCUUGUAAAACCGGAUGGUAUGGAUCUAAAUGCGAGCAACAAUGUCGAAACUGUUUCGGUGCUUGUUCUAAAAGUACUGGCUCAUGUACUUACUGCGUUUCAGGAUUUUGGGGUGAAACUUGUUCACAGAAAUGUACAGGAACGUGUGAAAUGUGUAAUAAAUCAGAUGGAAAAUGUGUGCUUUGCCCGGACAGAUAUUGGGGGCCUAGUUGUUCGAGACUCUGUAGCGCAGAAAAAUGCGACAGAUGUGAUGUUAAUACAGGAAUAUGCAAAAAAUGUAAAACAGAGUACUGGGGUAAGGACUGUGAGACGCAAUGUAAUACUUGUCAUGACAAAAGGUGUGAUAUUUUAUCCGGCCUAUGCGAAAACUGUCAGGACGGAUAUGCAGGAGAAUAUUGCAACAUAAUUUGUAACAUAUCUAGAUGUUCAAAUUGGUACUGCAACAAAAGACAGGGAUUUGCCUGCUCCUCUUGUAAAAAUGGGUAUUGGGGAACAGUUUGUGGAAACAAAUGUAUCGGGAAAAAUUGUGGUCGAUGCAGUAAAACUCAGGGAACAUGCUCAUCCUGUAUCGCAGGUUUUUGGGGAGAUUCGUGCGAGAAAAAAUGUCCGAUAAAUUGCAGACAAGACUGCGAUAAAUAUUCGGGUAACUGUAAUUAUGAAUGUGAUGACUAUUACUAUUGCAGGUCUGGAACAUAUUGUAAAACAGGCUAUUGGGGACGGCGAUGUGAAAAUAAAUGUUUGGAAGAAAAUUGCGAAAAGUGUGAUAAAUCAUCUACCGUCGGGGUUUGCUCCAAAUGUAAGACUGGAUUCUGGGGACAUGACUGUCAAAGUAAUUGCUCUCCUGAUACAUGUGUUGAAUGCAAUAUGGAUGACGGACAUUGUACACUGUGCAAGAAUGGGUUAUGGGGGAAAAGCUGCCAUUUGCAAUGCCAUGAUCAGUGCCGAUGUUGUGAUGCUGUUACCGGAUUUUGUGAACAAGAUAAAUGCUUGGGCAUUACUAACGAACUAACUGCAACAGACAAUGACACAUUGAUGAUUGUUGGAAUUGUACUAAUUGUUUGUUCAAUUAUCGUGCCGUUGUUGGUUUUCCUUAUUAUUUUCUUUAUGCGACGUCACACACAGCAAAGUUCGACUACAAAAUGUACACAACGUCAGAAUAUCGGAGAUGCCACCGUGUCAUACAGAGUUGGCAAGGGACGGGGAAAUAGUCCAAAGGAAGGUCAGGGGCCAAUGGAGACUUACAGCGAUUUAGACAUUGACAGCAGGCCAGGAUCUGACUACGAGAACCUGAACGCAAUAAAUCCAUGAACACCCGCUUUGUCAUGAAACUAGUUUGCGCUUAUGCAACGAGUUACAAAACAUACAUUUUGCAAUCUAUGCCAAUAGAUAUUCUUCUUAAUUGAUGUUUUUUGCUAAAAAAUGUAGAAAACUCGAAUUAUUAUCCGUGUUUUUAAUUGACGGGGCAUCAAAGCGCAGGAUGUUACGCUUUAGAAUUCAGUAAAAACAUUUCCACCAUAAAAAAUCUUGUUAUAAAAGAUAUUUUGUAACAUGCAUUAAAUGUUAUCUACAAAUUAUACAUAACUUUUGAAUACCAAACGUAAUCUUAUACAUUUUACACACCCUUUUAAUUUAGGAAGCCAUUUAUGAUGAGGAAGUACUAAAUUGUUGCAAAACUGGUUUAACUCUUACUAUUUCUAUAUAUACUACCAACAUUUGUGCGUUGAAUCAUUGACAAAAAAGGUUGCAUUAAUCUAUUUAACUACAUUUAUCUUUCAGACGUGACAUGUUUUAGUGUGAACUUUUAACUUAUUCACAAAUUUGUAUUUUUAAUUAAACUUAAAAAUAAGCCUCUAAUAAUAUGAAAAUAAUCACGUUUGUAACAAGGCAAUAAUGUAAAUAAAAUUCUCGUGUCUUAAUUCAAAGAUUUUUUUUCAUUAACAAGUAUGAAGAAUAACUAUGAAUAAUAAGUAUGAAGAAUAUGUAUGAAGAAUAAAAGAGAUUAUAACUCUAGUUAUAAAAACUGAUACAUUAUUAUGUCUUUAUAUUUACAUAUUUUGUUUUCAUGCUUUGGCUUUAUAUAAAUACUUAUACGCUUUAUUAUGUAAAAUAAAUUAUACAUGUAA